CGCGGGCGGUAGGGGCGGGGGCCGGGCUGACGCGUGUCCGCCGCCACCGGCAGCCGCCGUGCAGGGGCGCCCCUCCGCCCGCCCCCUCGCGUGCCCGCCCCCUGCCGUCGCCCCCGUUUUGCGGCCGGGCUGCCUGUGGGGCCGAGCUCUGUGUCUUCCCCCCGGGCAGGGCCCCGUGCCCGCGGUGCGGUGCGGCGCUGCCUCCUGUCGGCUCCGCCGCGGCCUGAGGCCGCGCAGGCCCUGCCCCGCUGGAAAGGCCUUCGGGGCUCCGAUGGAGCAGGUGCUGAAGCACAGCGCCCGGUGGGCCGCGGGGCUGCCCCUUGCCGUCUGCCGGCCGCGGUGGGCAGCGCUGAGGUGUUGCUCCACGCGGGAGCAGCCGUCGCCCCGGGCAGCGCCAGCCGCGGGUGGGCCUGAGGAGGGGCCGCCCCCCGGCGGGACAGGCCGGCCGCCCCCGCCAGCCCUCCCGGCGGUCUCCGGAGCGGCGGCUGGCUCCGGGGCCCCCCGCGUGGGCCGCCCGUGGCACAAGGCCGAGGAGCGAAGGGGCAGGCCCGCGGCAGCCAGCCGGGAGCGGUGGGGCUGGUCGGGGGGUGACUUCUCCAAGGCGAGGAGGAGGCUGAAGCAACAGCCUCUGUCCGUCGAGAGGGCUAAAGGCUCAGAGAUCUUAUUCGGGAUCGCGCCGUGUUCCCUGGCCCUCUCCCAGUCGAGGAGGGAUCUGUUCAGGUUGUUCCUCAAGCAGAGCAGCGGCUCUCGGCGGCUCGUUAUGAGCGAGUUUGUCCUUCAGGCCACGGCCCGGGGAGUCCCUGUGCACCACGUCACCAGGCGAGAGCUGGAUGCUCUUUGCAGAGGUCGGGUCCACCAGGGCGUCUGUUUGGAGGCCACCCCUCUCCAUUUCAAGAGUUUGGAGGAAGUUGAGAAGCCUGAUUUGGGGGAUGAAGAGAGUCCGAACCGACAGCUGAUUUGGCUGGUGUUGGAGCAGAUCAAGGAUCCCAUGAACCUGGGGGCACUGCUGCGCUCUGCGUACUUCUUGGGGGUGGACAGAGUGGUGGCAAGCCAGAAGAACAGCUGCCCUUUGACUCCGACAGUGAGCAAAGCUAGCUCUGGAACUAUGGAAGUCUUCGACGUCUACAGCACAGAUGAUCUUCGGAGCUUUUUGAAGGCUAAAACUGCAGAAGGCUGGGAAGUUGUGGGAACGGUCAGCAAGCCUGAGGAGGUGGAAAACGUUCCUGUCAUCAGCUGCUUGGAAUUCCGGUGGAAUAAACCCAUUAUUAUAGUAAUAGAAAUACUGACAAGACAACACCGCAAAUCUGGCAUCUCUACAAGAUGUGUGGAGCUAUAUUAUAAAGGGAGUAGGGAGGCUGGCAGUGCUGCUGAUGGACCACAAAGAAAUGCAUCGCAGAAACAACGACAACACCAGGAGAAAGGAAGGGGGUGAAAGUGGCAGUGGUGUCGUUACCUUGAAUUAUGAGAGAUUUCUCCAGGAAAAAGUCCAAAUAUCCUUUUGUCAAGGGAGAUUGGAGGCUGAUUGGUAGAUGCAUGAGGAGAGCUCCCGGACCUUGCAGCAGUAAUGAUUUCAACUCUCUGCUGAGCACUAACUCUUUGCUGAAAAGAAAAUUGAACAUUACAGUCGUCUGAUGCUGAGGUUGUUUGAAGAAACAUCCUAGAUCUGAAUAUGUAGUGUACCUGCAGCUACAGCGAGCAGCAGAGAUAAUUUAGCAUGAUAGUGAGUUUCCUAGCAUUGCACAGAUUGUCUUGUAAGUUAAGCAUUUGCAGACUUGAAUUCACCCUCCUGGCAUCUUCGCUGCCUUGGCAGGGAGUGAUUUGGACAGUCCAGUUUAAUGUUGUCUGCACUGGAGUCAUUGCCAAAGGUGACAGGCAGGCUGGCUGCCCUGAAGACUGGGAGCCUUUGCGAACAGGAACAGAUUGGGAGCACUUAGAUGGCUGAGUAAGAAGAGUUUCUGGGUAAUUUGUUCUUUUUACUCCUUCGGUCUUUAGCUUGGGGUUUAAGGCUGUUCACGGAAUUGUUGGUUUUAUGGAGAUGCUCGUUUUGCAUAUUUCUCUUGAACUGCCAGCAUGGAUGCUUCUGCCUGGAUUUGAAUUUCUUGCACUGGAGCCUGCAGUUGUUAAGGUGCUGUAAAUUGUAAAUGGGACAGGAAACCUGUUCUGUCAUUUCAGCCAAGCUCUAACUCUGGUCUUUGAGGCCUGUCAGUGAGGGACAAAGCUAAGAGAUGGAAGUCAGAAAUCUGAAGUGGGAAAUGUUUGGUUCACCAGUAUAAACUAGGAUUUAAUCUGAUUCAGUCAGUGCUCCCUCCCUCUUGUCACAGUGUGCAAGUCUUUCUGCCCUGAAUUUAUGGUUCCUAAUUAUUUUAAGCAGCCAGAGCCAUAAAAAGCUUUGUAAAAGCUGGAAGCAAAAUUGCUGCCUUUAUUAGGAAUCGUAAGACCCUUAUCAGGGAGAGGAAAGGAUUGCUCCAGGAGCUGUCACGCCUCUGGCAAUAGCUGCUGUCCCAGUUGGAGAGUCCCAUGAGAACGUGGUUUGAGAGGCUCAGGAGGCAAAUAUGACUAUAAGUUGUAAAACUUUUCUGUGUUGAAUCAGGAAAAAGUAGGAUUUUAAAUAUAUAUAUAUAUAAUUUUUAUUUUUAAUUAUUUCUUGAAGCAUCCUUAGAGAGCCACAGUCUAGCGAUGAAGAGGCAGGCUGGGCUGUGGGAGGCCUGGCUUCAAUUCCUUGUGUCACUCGGGCUUCCCCCAUGACCUUGGACAACUCACCCAGGCCUUGUCUGCACUGCUGGCUUACAGAAGAAGGAAAAUAAUGGUUAGGAUGUGAUUUUGGUUUUCUGAAGGUUCAUUUACCCCAGCCAAAGGAUAUUUUUGCCUGUAUGGCUUAUUUCAUGUGGGAAGGUGAUGCAAGAUGCAUUACCCAAGGCAUUCUUUUCCUUACCCAAAAUGCAUCUUGCCAGUUAGAUCAGAGCAGCAAAAUAUGAGACUGGGCUUCAGCUUCCAGCCUGUGAAAUGGGAUAAGAACACUUUGCUACCCUGUGCAGGCAGAGGGGUGUCAUGCAGAUCAGUGCUGAGGGACCUGCUGGGGAGGUGCUAUACGUAGACAGUGGGGGAAGAAUUUUGUGGCAACUCAACCCAGCAAGGAGCUCCUUAUAGAGGAGUGAGUCUCCAGUGGCAUAGGAAGUGCCUAAAAGCAUCCUUUAAACUUCAUGUCUCUAAAUCUACGUGAGCUGAGCGAGGCCUUGGUGACAGCGCUGGUUAGGCAGACAGAGGCACGGAAGCCCUGGCAGGCAGCGUGUGCCCCGGCAGUGCCGUCCCAGGAUGAGUCUGGUGUUCAGCUGGGGUUGGGCUAUCGCUGUGGGAGGGGAUCGUGUGGCUUCCAGCGUGCUCAGCCUGUUUUGUCAGAGGGUGAGCAUGUCUUCAAAAUGAGCUGACUGUUCCUGCAGCCAUGUAGCUGUCUGUGUAGCUCUAAAUAAUGAAUGUGGAAGAAUUCAUUGGGGAGCCGAGUGGGCUGGGAGGUCUGUGGUCUUCUGCAUUUUCACUUGUCUGCGCACAGGAUUGUUUAAAGCCUCUCCCUUUCCAUUUCCCUUUGUGACAGUGUGAGUCAAACAACUACUAAUGACCUGGGAUAGAUUUCAACUCUGUUUCACCAGUGUAUCAGCCCAAACAUAUCAGGGCUGUUGGAUGGUUUAACAACUAAUCAAUUGAAGCCUCUGGUUAAACUGUCUGCAUUCACAAGUUGCACCCAGAUGGUGGUACUGUGCGCUGAAAAGGCUGAACCCGUCACUAUCAAUAGGGAUGUGGGGUUUGCUGGACCAGAUCAGGCCUGUGGCCUCUCGUCUGCCUUGUCCCUCUGGCAGCAACCCGUGUACGUGGUCAGCCAUCUGCAGGCACGGUGGCUGCGUGCAGAGGGGAGCUUUGCAGUCACAUUACCAGGCUCUGUGCUUUACGCUGUGCGUGCAGGCAUGUUGCACAGGUAUUUCUCAAAACCACUUCAGAUACUUAAGAACAGGUCCAGGGAGGCUGGAGUGGGCCAGGAAGGGAAGGCAGGUAAGGUGCCCAUCUUGCCUCUGGUAGUUCUUGGCUGUUGCUGAUGGGAGCUGGUGAAGUUUCUGGUGGACUUAAGGGCAAAGGUGUAGUUGCGAUAGAGCAUUAGCGGGAACUGUACUUGGGAGGGGGGAAAAGGGACGUGGCAGCAGCUGUGAGCUGAC